UCGUGAUCUCUCGCUCACUGGGCUGAGAUCAGUCAGGAUGAUGAUGAUCGAGGAGCGGCGCCACCGCAGUUGCUUCUUCUUGUCAGUCUGCUGCCUGCGUGCUUCCCACGCCGGCGACCAGGAGCCCCCGCGGUGGUCGCGGUUGAGGAUUUAGCGAGUCCACUUGAACGUCCCCGGCCACGGAGAAGACCAGGAUGACGUCACACGCCUUUCCAAAGACCAGCUCUCGCCACGACCAGAGGAUCCGGCCCAUCUACUCCUGGGAUGGGAGCCUCUAAACUCGGCUCCUCGGUAGUGUAACACCUCCACAUGUGGACUCUCGCCCCAGCAGUCGUCCCUACCAGUCCGUCCAUGCUACAUCCUCCGGACUAUGGGUUGCAUCAAAUCCAAGAGGAGCGCGACCAGCGCCGACAGUGAAGCUGCGAGGGCGCGCAGCGAGAAGACCUACUUGGUCCACUCGGAGGACGGUUCUCCUCGGGCCGACACGGCGCUGUUGGAGUACGCCCAGAAACUCUCCGAGGAGAUCAUGGCCCGGGCCGUGCAGCAGUGGGCGGAGGUGGACCGGCGCUACGGCGACAUCCCGUACAUCGAGUGCGACGUGCCGUGAGGAUGAGGAAAAGUUUCACAGACGAUGAUAUCUCGUACUCUAUCAAUUUUACGGCAGCACGCCGGACUAACGGUUAGCAUGCCAGCCUCACAGUUCUGAGGUUGCGCGUUCGAAUCUCAACUGUGUGGGUUUUCUUCGGUGUUCCAUCUUUUUCCCACAUCCCCAAAACAAUCAUUGAAGACUAAAUUGUCCAUGGGUCUAAAUGUGGGUGUGAAUGGUUGUUUUUGUAUAUGUGCCUUGCGAUUGGGUAGUGACUUGUCAAGGUGGUAGCCCACUUCUCUCGUCAAAACUCAUCUUAAGUAACAGAAGACUCUAAAUUGUCCAUAGGCGUGAAUAUAAAUGGCUGUCAUAUUGUCUCCUGCGAUUGGCUGGCGCCCAGUCCAGGGUGUACCCCACUUCUCUCGCCAAAGUCAGCUGGGAAAGGUUCCAGCCCACCCAGGACUCUAAUGAGGACAAGCCCUAUGGAAAAUAGAUGAAUGGACAUACAGGAGUUUGUCAAUGACAGUUGGCCCCGCUGCCGUUCAAAUGGUAGUCCCGUCUGGUCCAUUUCGUUUUUUAUUACUUAGCACUAGUUUAGUUUGUGCAGGGCUGGCGCACGGCUUAACCCUGUUGCGGGUCAAACUGACCUGUUAAACAUCUCCCUCAGUGGUUCCCUCGAGUGUCGUUAAGUCGCAACCCACUUUUUUAGGCGUUCACAAGAAUAAUAAAAUAUGUAUUGUUCAAAAAUAACCUAUGAAAACAAUUGUUUAUUUGCUUUGUUUUUGAAACACAAUCGUUCCACGUUCAAAGUGCCUUUUAGAGCACCUUAUUAGGAAACUGAAGAUUAAUUAACAUUCCAUGACAACAGCAUGUACUCAAAUGAAUUGAGGAAAAUUGAACAUCAAACUUGCACAAAAUACAGACAUAGAAUUUCACUCGAAAAAUCACUGCGAUGAUUUCUUCUCUUUAUUUCUUUGUAGUUAUUUUCCAAAGAAAAGGCAAGUCCGACCUGGGAUGUACGUUAAAUAUUUCACUGUACAGUAUUCGGUUUACGAUGGAGUUCUCCUCCUACAAAUUUGUACCUAGGUCGGAACGUGUUAAAUAUAUCACUAACCUGAAUUAAAGCAGUAUUAAAGUCACAAUUACAAUAAAUACAGAAAAAUCAUGAAUAUAAAACAAAUUAAAAACAGUCAGUCGUAUGUCGGUUCUGUCAUGAACCAAGGCCCCUGUAAUUUUUUUUUUUACUACCUGUCCUGUCCACAACUCACCUACAGGUGUAAUGAAUCCGUGAGCCACUUUUGGUUCCCGACCCACCAGUUGAGAAUCACUGCUCUAGAUAAUACAUUUUGCUUUCUUGUUUUUAUUAUGUAUUUUUCACUAUUAUUUUUCAGUUUGCAAACACCCAUAAAUGUUAUAUUUGGUUUCUUUUUAUUCAUUUUUCAGUGGUUGUACAUGCAGCGGGUUACAUUGACCAAUGAACAUUUUUGACAUACCGAAGAAGCAUAAGAGGAGGGAUAAGAAACAAUUUGCGUCACGACAAUGGCCGUGUCCAUCCACGGUCAAGUCUUCCUUCGCCCUCUGUGAACCAGGAUGUAGGCUGCUACACGAAGGCAUGUGAAGGUUUCCGUGUGAGAUGCAAGCCGUUCGGUUUCUGACCUACUUUCAGGAUUGGAUUACAGCUGGACUGAUUCUCGAAACAGACCUCUGAAGCGAAUCCCGCCCAUAUUUUUGGAUUAUGCGCAUCAAAGCCAGAGGGUCAACGUCCUAAUUUGUCCUCCUUAACGCUCAAAGUUUGCUCUUUGUGGCUCAAGAUGGCCUUCAUCUGAUGUUUUUUUGUUUGUUUGUUUUUUCUUCAACUCUGCUAUGUUGAUUCUCCCGCUCGCCUUAAUGACCACGCUCAAGGCUCCGUAUCGUUCACGCAACCAUUAAAGUAGACAUAAUGAAAAAUGGACUUCUCAUUUGCUUGGAUACAAUUCGUUGGGUCUCUGGAAAGCCUGCCUGCCAGAUUGUCACUAAACAGUAGUGCUAAUUUACCUAAUACUGCCACCAGAUAGUUUCUCCACCCAUAGCGUGGCAGCUAGGCUGGGUCUUCAUCCGCCAUUUCCAAGCGAUGGCCGAACUACAUAGAAACAAACAUGAUUAUGUCAAUGGCAAACGCAGACUGCGUUAUCAGAGUUAGCUUCUGAUAAUGGCCCAUACUUGAAUGUUCGGUGUGGGGGAUGGGGUUAUUUGCCGCUAGUGAUGUGUCCGCUGCAUGCACCACAUGCACAGAUCUGAUCCCAUGAAGUGUAAUUUGGCGGCUUGGUGAUGAAGUGCUCGUGGUGUCUUCAUGAAAAUAAAUGAUAAAUAAAUAAAACUGAAAUUUUCACACUG